GGAUGUGCAAAUAGGGGAGCUCCCGCGGUAAAACCCUUUGCUUGGCCACAAAACCCUCCUUCAAUCGCAGAGAUCUCUCUCUCUCUCUCUAAACUCAACUGAAAGCUUCAGAGCAUGGCCUCUCGCUCUAUCUUCCCUAAACAUCUUCCUUUUCUCAUCCGCACUCCCAAAGUGAGUUCUUGUGAAUCCUUCUCUCACCCAUCUCUUGCCUGCUUUUCCACUCACAUUGUCGGUGACUCCCCAAUUCUCGUUAGAGAUUUUAUACGCUCUGCAUUGUAUGACCCGAAUCAUGGUUACUUCUCCCAAAGAUCAGGCUCAGUUGGAGUUCUUGAGAGAAGCAUUAAGUUCAAUCAGCUACAAGGGAGAAAAGCUUAUAUGCAGCAUUUGCACAGCAUUUACAAGCAGAACGACAUAUCAUGGUUUACUCCAGUGGAGCUUUUUAAGCCUUGGUAUGCCCAUGGGAUUGCUGAAGCCAUAAUGCGAACUGCUAACCUUUCCGUUCCAUUAAAAAUAUAUGAAAUUGGUGGUGGAUCAGGAACUUGUGCAAAGGGCAUAAUGGAUUACAUAAUGUUGAAUGCACCUACGAGAGUUUACAAUAAUAUGACUUACAUUUCAGUGGAAAUCAGUUCUUCACUGACCAAGAAACAAUUAGAAACUGUUGGACAAGUUCAGAGUCACUUAUCAAAGUUCAGAGUAGAGUGUCGUGAUGCUGCUGACAAGAAUGGAUGGGGAAAUGUGGACCAACAACCAUGCUGGGUUAUUAUGCUGGAGGUGCUUGAUAAUCUUCCACAUGAUCUUAUCUAUUCAGAAAAUCAAGUUUUGCCAUGGAUGGAAGUGUGGGUUGAAAAGCAACAUGACAGGUCUGAACUCGCUGAGUUGUAUAAGCCAUUACAAGAUCCACUAAUUAUAAGUUGUAUGGAGAUCUUGGAUUUGGACAAGGAUCUUACAACUCGAGGAGGCAGGACAACUUCUACAGCAAGAAAUAUUUGGGCUAAAAUUUUUCCAAAGCCUCGAAGAUGUUGGCUACCAACUGGUUGCUUGAAACUUCUAGAAGUUUUACAUGGAGCCCUGCCAAAGAUGUCUUUGAUUGCAUCAGAUUUCAGUUUCCUUCCUGAUGUGAAAGUACCAGGUGAAAGAGCUCCAUUGGUUUCAACCAAGAAAGAUGGCAGCAGUUCAGAUUUCAACAGUUAUCUAAAUGCAAAGGGUGAUGCUGAUAUCUUUUUCCCAACAGACUUUUGGCUUUUGGAACGUAUUGAUCAUUACUGCUCUGGGUGGCUGAAGCUACAAAAAGAUAAAUCAUCCAACAAAGGGAAAAAAAGGCGGACUAUUAUGCUUGAUACAUCCUCAUUCAUGGAAGAGUUUGGUCUGCCCUCAAAAACAAGAACCAAAGAUGGAUACAACCCUCUUCUGGAUGACUUCAAGAACACUAAAAUUUAUCUGAGUGUUCCAACACAUAAUACCAAGUAGACAGCCAACAUAUAUGAAGUUGUUAAUCGCCACAAAACUUCAUUAUGGUGGAAGCAUGUUUGCCUGAUAAUUUCUAGAUCAUUUGAGCAGCGGUGUAGCUUGGAAGAUAUGAAGAGAAAUGGGACAUAAAGAGUUAAAUUUGGUUGCAGGCAUCAGCAUUUUUGAUUGUGUCUUAUUUUUUGGGAUACAUAAUAUUUGGACACCAAAUGUUGUCCUGCUAUGAUUUGUGUUGCUCAUUUUUUGUGUACAAUAAUCACAGUGGCGAACAGGUAGAUCAAAGAGUGAUGAUUCAUUUUUGUAUAAUCAAAUUGUAAUGAGAAACAUAACGUGGGCAUUGGGAUUGGCAGAGUAGAGUGCUCAAUAACUAUUUCAAAAUAUUGAUGAUAUUUAUUUUUAGCCCUCAAAGAAAUGUUUUGCAUUUUUUUUUGC